AUGCUCACAGAUGCGGUAACUAUUCACAGCCGCAGACGGUGGGCUCCGUGGAAGGACUCCAAGGACGCGCGGCUGCGCUUCGCCCUGCCCGGCCAGGCGCUCUUCGAGGGCGGCGCCGCGAACCCAGCGUUCAGGUGCGGCGGCGGCGGAGGUGGGGCCUUGGAGCCGGACAGCUUCGCGGUCCGCAGGCUCGUGCUCGGCCGCGCCGAGGCCAGCGUCGGGCUGCUGGCGGCCCUGACGCCCUCGUGGAUGGCAGGCCCUGCCGGCGCGGCCCCAGACGGCGACGCGAGACCUGCCCUGCGCAUCACCGGGGCGAAGGUAGCAGUGCUCGAGGCGGAUCCGGCCGUCACCACCCUGAGGGCGGCGCUGGACACCUCUCUGGAAGGGCUCGAGCUCGACGAGGACGUCGGCGUGACCGUGCUGUACGACUGCUGGCGGGAGGGGGUCGCCACGGUGGAGCUGCGGCUGAUGCUGGGCGGCGGCGCGGCGGGGCAGGCCGCCGAGGCGGGCGAGGCGACGACCCCCGCCGGCGAGGAGGUGUGCCUCGGCUGGCGCAAGGCCUGCGCCGCCGGCUGGGGGGGCCUCGUGGUCCACGAGGGCGCCCCCGAGGGGCAGGCCGUGGCCUUCGAGGACGGGGCCGUGCGCGAGGACUGGAGGGCGACGAUGGCCGCCGAGGGCACGCACGACACGCUGACGAGGCUGCAGCUGUCCGCCCCGGGCGGCGUGCUGCGGCUGAGGCCGCCCACCGUGACGGUCAGCGACGGCGCCGUGCUGCACGCUGGCCUCGUCUUCCCGGAGCUGCAGGACCUCGAGGUGGCCGCCAGCCCCGUGGAGAUGUCGGUGCGGCACACGUGCUUGGCCGACGGCGCCGCCAACGUGACGCUCGCCCUCGAGAGGGCGGUGCUCUCCGACGAGCGCCGGUCGGUGCGGCACACGUGCUUGGCCGACGGCGCCGCCAACGUGACGCUCGCCCUCGAGAGGGCGGUGCUCUCCGACGAGCGCCGGAGGGGCCAGAGAGGGGGUUGCCGGCUCAGGGACCAUUGUUGCCAUUCGCAGCGCGCGGUUGCCUCUGCCGUAGUCGUGAUCAAUUUGAUGCUGGACCUUUGA